CGACGCUUAGCUAAAAUUCCCGUCUUGAUUGUCGAUUUUCGUUUCAAGACACAAAUAAUCGAAAUCUUUCUCCGGCCGCCGGCAAUUACGCUUUUUUCCCUCGUUCUCUGUCAGUAAUUUUCUCGAGAAAGUGACGCUGUCACGCCCUAAAACUAACCAUUAGAUGUGGUGGAGAUCGCCCUCUUUCAUCCUCGAUAGACAACAGCAAAACGACACCGCGUCGCGGAAUCCCGAAUCCAUUUCCCUCUCCUCUCCCCCACCUUCCAUGGCAGAUACUCUCCAAAACCCUAACCCUAACACUAGCACCUCUGCUUACUACCAGACGCGUGCGGUAGUAACUAGUGAUUGGCUGGCGCAGGCUCAGGCUGCGGUUGGCCGUCACCCCGAUGACGACUUGCCGGUAAAUGAUGAAAGGACAAAGUCUGCCGCCGGCGAUGCCGGAAAGCCGUUUAGCGUGAUCGAUGAGUUCAACAGCUGGAGGAAGCAGCCCGAUUUGGCCGAGGCUGUUGCAGCUAUUCGCGCGCUUGCGGCGGUUAUCAGGGCUAGCCAGGCUACGACCAUGAUGGAACUCGAGAUUGAGCUGAAAAAGGCAUCGGAUUCCCUUAAAUCUUGGGAUACAACCUCUAUCUCUUUGACAGCUGGGUGUGAUCUCUUUAUCCGGUACGUGACCAGGACAUCGGCCUUAGAGUAUGAGGACUUCAAUUCGGCUAAAUCUCGCCUGAUUGAACGUGCAGAGAAAUUUGGGGAAAUAUCUUGUAAGGCACGCCGGAUUAUUGCAAUGCUCAGUCAAGAUUUCAUAUUUGAUGGUUGUACCAUUUUGGUACAUGGCUUUUCCAGAGUUGUUUUGGAAGUACUUAAGACAGCAGCUCAAAAUAAGAAACUAUUUCGGGUUUUCUGCACAGAGGGGAGACCAGACGGAACAGGAUUGCGAUUAUCCACCGAGUUGGCCAAACUUGAUGUUCCAGUGAAGCUUCUAAUAGACUCUGCCGUGGCAUAUAGUAUGGAUGAGGUGGACAUGGUAUUUGUGGGAGCUGAUGGAGUGGUUGAAAGUGGUGGUAUAAUUAACAUGAUGGGUACAUACCAGGUUGCAUUGGUUGCACACACAAUGAACAAACCUGUAUAUGUGGCUGCUGAAAGCUACAAGUUUGCCCGUCUUUAUCCAUUGGAUCAGAAGGAUAUGGCUCCUGCCUUACGCCCCAUUGAUUUCGGGGUACCCAUCCCAUCAAAGGUCGAGGUUGAAACGUCUAACCUGGAUUACACUCCUCCACAGUAUCUCACUCUGCUCUUUACAGAUUUGGGUGUUCUUACUCCUUCAGUUGUCAGUGAUGAACUCAUUCAACUAUACCUUUAGUUAUGCUUGAAUGUGACAUUUCUUUUUCAUAGUUUUAGUUAGUUUAGCUUGUUUCUUCACAAGGGUUUUUUUUUUUGGUGGUAAUUUCUUCAGAAGGUUAUUUGUAGAUGCUCUCUGUAUGAUCUAUAGAAGCCUACCAUGCUCCUACAUAAUACAUUGAUAAAAUUUUG